AUACUACCGGAGUACCAAAAUGUCUUUGUAAAUGCUGAAGUACGUUGUUGUCUUUCUCUUACUUAGUAUAUAUCAGUAUAAAUUUAUUUCAAUGGACAAACCAUUGAAAAGUCGGAGAAUGUGCUUGGCUUUUGUCAUUUCUCUUAUUUUUGCUUUUGUAAGUGUUCGUGGAGAGUUUUCGUAUCAAGUAUCCCCAGGAGUAAGGUCUGAAACUCGUAGCCCCGAGUCUAUGAUACUACAACCUCCAAAUGAAGACGAUGAUCAAGACGAGUUGGAUAGCAUGCAGAAAACACCUUGGUCGUAUUCACAAGUUCUACGCCAAGAAGAACGAUGCAGUGAAAAGAAUUUACUGGCAUGUUCCACUGACUGCGAUCACUACAAGGUUCAUAGGAAACAUGGAUGCUGUGAGUGUUUUUGUUCGAAAAAUUACUUACUUGUUGGAUCCACAGAAUGUCAUAGAGCAUCUUGGUCAAAAUGGAGUAGUUGGAGUGAAUGUAUAAAAACGAAAUGGGGAGGAUUGCAAACGAGAGAGCGAAUAUGUAAAUCACGAGGACGAGAAGCUGCAGGGUCUUGUGCGGGGAGAGGAAGCAUGUCGAGAACUUGCUCAUCGGUUACUGGAGAGUUCCGAAUCAGAAAGAAUGUUCGUCAUCUCACGAACGAGGACACGCAUGACUUGAUUCAAGCAAUGACUAAGUUCAAAAAGGACAAGUCAAAGAAAGGAUAUAUGAACAUCGCAUCAUGGCAUGGAUGGCCUGGACGUUGCCCCUGGUACAAGAUGUAUAAAGAUCACGAGGAUGGUCACUGUAGUUGGCAUCAUCACCCGUUAUUUCUACCGUGGCACAGAAUGAUAAUCGUACAGUUUGAACUGGGUCUUCAAAGAUAUUUGAAAAAUAAAACACUCGGGAUUCCGUUUUGGGAUUGGACUGAAAAAGCUCUUGAUAUACCAUACCUAAUUCGUCUCCCUGAAAUAUAUGAUCCCAUUCUAAAGAAGUACGUUCACAAUCCAUUCCAUGGAUCAUUUAUUCCUGGCACAAACCAUACGUAUACCCGGCGUCGAAUAUGGUAUCCAGGGGUAUUAAUGGACAAUUUUUUCCAAAGAGCAACAACCAGAGCUCUUUUGUCUCACGAUUACUCUCAUUUUGAUAGAAUUAUUUCGUCUUAUUCACAUGAUCAGAUUCACAACUGCUUUUGUUACAAAGCUCCCAGAAUAACGGACCCCAAAAACUGGUGCGACUAUGGGAUGCUUGCAACUGCUUUCUCAGCUUUUGAUCCGACGUUUUUGCUACAUCAUAGUGCAAUGGAUCGCACGUUUGCAAUGAGAAGACAUCUAGAAAAAAAUGCCCGGGUGUCAGACUGGACUUCGAGUCGGGUUACUUCACAGUUUUUGGCGGUAUCUGUAAAUAUUUCAAACCCAAAGAAACAUUCAUUCGAGUGGCCGUUGGCACCAUUUUGCAACAAAAGCAUGAAUCCUGAAACCACUACAAGCAAGAACAAAGUUUGGACUUUGCAUAGAAGUUAUUACAAUGAACAAAUGUUUGGUUAUAAAUACGCAGAUUUUAAUCUCGGCAAAUAUUCAUGGAGAGAUUUAAACAUGGAUUUCAAGUAUAAUAAUUUGAAACGAAAAUUUUGGAUGGACGAGAUUUUGGAAACUAAAUUAGGAAAUUUAGGCAAGAACUUUUGCGACCAUCCUGUAUUCGACAAAUCGUCUUCUUGUUAUUUCAGCUGUUAGAUUUAUAUAAACUAUGCUUAACAAUUGUUUUAUUUGGUUCUCGGGAAAUUCGCCGUAGGAAAUUUCGCCUCAUAGG